AUGACAAAAGAAACAUCCGCACAAAUCUACUUAGAUGAAAUUAAAGAUAAAUUAUAUGGUGAUUCCACCGUAGCUAAGAUCUGGGGAGUUGCGUCUCCUGCUUUAAGUCAGCAGGAACCACCAACAGGAUUUCCUAAUUAUGCUCCUGAUGGAAAAUAUGUCUUGGACGAUGCUGACUAUUGGACUUCUGGCUUUUUCCCAGGGUCGGUUUAUGCAUUAUUAGAAAGAAGUAAAAAUUACCCUGAUUUCUUCCCAAAAUCAAAGAUUCAUGAAGUCAAGUUGGAAUAUGCUGCCAGAUGGUGGGCGGAGCCAAUGGCAGCAAGAGCCACCACAACUACUACUCAUGAUUUAGGCUUCAUGAUUGCACCUGCCUUCAAGAGAGAGUGGGUUUUAACCAACAGCAAGAAGAGUGAAGAAAUUUUGAUAACUGCAGCUAAUUCCUUAGCUUCAAGAUUCGAUGAAAAGGUCGGAUGUAUUAGAAGUUGGGAUGAUUUACCUCCAAUUAAGAAGGAUCAAAAGCCCAAGGACAUUAAUAAGGACUUCUUGGUGAUUAUUGAUAACAUGUGUAAUUUGAACUUAUUAUACUUAGGUGCAUAUUUGAGCCGUGACUUCCGUUUAUCAACCAUUGCUACUAAACACGCAGAAACUACUUUAAAGAACCAUUUCAGAGAUGACUGGUCAUCAUACCAUGUUGUUCAAUACAAUAAACAGACAGGUGAAGUGGACUCCAAGUAUACUGCUCAAGGUUUUGCUGAUGAGUCCGGAUGGACAAGAGGUCAGGCUUGGGGAAUUUUAGGUUACAUUGAGACCUAUUUCUGGACCAAGGACAGAAAAUUCUUAGAAGCUUCAAAGAACAUUGCUAAUUACUAUGUAUCGAAAUUACCUGAAGACGGCGUUCCACCUUGGGAUUUUAAUGCUCCAGAUAAGCAUAUUCGUGAUGUUUCAUCUGCCAUGGCUGCCGCGUUAGGUAUGAUUAGAAUUUACGAAGUUGAAAAAGAUGAAGAAUUUUUAAAGAAAGGAUUAAAGCUUGUAAGGGAUUGUAUUAACCUUUCGUACAAUAACGAUGCUAAGUUAAACGAUGAUGGCACUGUUGAAAUCGGCGCAGCCGAAACAAUCUUAAACAACUCUACUUACAUCCACAACCCUGCUUGUAGCGUUGAUAUCUAUGACCAUGGCUUAGUCUACGCUGAUUAUUACUUCUUGGUAAUUGGUAAUAAAUUAUUGCAAUUGGGAUUGUAUAAAUAG